CCGUAUACUUUCGUAAGUUCAAUGAAUUUUAUCAGUUCGUACGGAAAUUUCUCUUACAUGUGUAAUGUGAAUGCCAUUUAUAGUUAAAUUAUAUACUUCAGUCCUUCAUUCUGAAUGUGCAUUAUUUGAACAGAUAGCAAUAUGAGUAUACUCUUCGGAGUUUGUUUAUAGUGCCCGAGUAGCGAUAUUCAUUUGUUCAGGCAUGUAUGUUUCGAAAGUGGGCGCUCAGACAUUUUGUUUAUAUCAUCCAUCGAUUAAAUGUGUGAUUUGUUGUGCAGUGUGUUUUUCAGUUGUGACACCGGUUCGUUAUCUCCCAAUAAUGUAAAAUGAGAUUAAAACCAUUUCGUGUAAAUAAGAAAUGGAUAUUGUUAUUUUCUGUGACUAUGUGUUUCUUCGGCUAUUUCGGGCUGUUCACUCAUUUAUUUGAACGAGAUUAUAAAACCAGCUUCAGCUACCCGUAUGAGGGUGAUAUACGACGUUUUGUAGACCAGCUUAAGAAUAACGAAACACCUGACGUUAAGCCAAUCAAUGUCUACAAUUAUAGUUUCAUUUCUGCUUGCACGAAGAAGUGUAGCACUCCAGACAAAGAAGUCCUUCGAAUAGUAUACAUUGUAAAAUCCGCACUGCCUAAUUUCCAUCGCCGAAAGGCAAUACGAGAAACUUGGGGAUUUGAAAAGAGAUUUUCUGACGUGCAAAUCAGAACAGUUUUUGUUCUUGGUGUGACUGCAGAUGAUGGAAAACUGCUACAAGAAGUUCAGAAAGAAAGCGCAAGACAUGGUGACAUUGUGCAGGCAAACUUCAUUGAUGAUUAUUUCAAUAACACUAUUAAGACAAUGAUGGGAAUCUCAUGGGCUUUCGAAUAUUGCCCCAAUGCGCAAUUCUAUUUUUUCAGUGAUGAUGACAUGUAUGUGUCAACAAAGAAUGUAUUGAGGUUUAUACGGAAUCCGGCUCACUACCCGGAAUAUUUAGAGACUCCUGUCAUUUCACUAAGGAGACGCGAAAAACGGAACGUAAUUGAAGGACGUACCUCACACGACAUGCAAUACAAUACUUCUGGUCAGAUGAUUCGACGCUUACAUCAAUUUCAAGAUUUUGAAUUGGCUGACGAUGUUGUUUUAUUUGCAGGAAUGACAACCACACUAAGUCUUCACUGCGAGCAAGUUUAAAUCUCAUUAAGAAUUGCACA